AUGUUUUGUUCUGUAUUCUGUAGGUGGUACUGGCAGAAGGAAAAGAGAGAGCCCUAUGUGAAAUUUAUGGAGGCAAAUUACCCACCUGGCUUCAGUUACGAUGAUUUUGGGCCACUGUUCACAGCAGAAUUCUUUGAUCCCAACCAGUGGGCAGACAUUCUAAAGGCUUCAGGUGCAAAAUACGUUGUCCUAACUUCAAAACAUCAUGAAGGAUUUACUUUGUGGGGGUCCAAGUAUUCUUGGAACUGGAAUGCUGUUGAUGUGGGACCAAAGCGAGAUCUUGUUGCUGAACUAGCAAUGUCUGUUAGGAACAGGACUGACUUGCAUUUUGGGUUAUAUCAUUCCCUGUUUGAAUGGUUUAAUCCUCUCUUCCUUGAGGAUGCCACCAAUGCCUUUAAGACAAGAAAGUUUCCAACCAGUAAAUCACUACCAGAACUCUAUGAACUUGUGAGCAAAUACCAGCCAGAAAUAAUUUGGUCCGAUGGGAAUGGAAAUGCUCCAGAUACUUACUGGAACAGCACUGGUUUCUUGGCUUGGCUGUAUAAUGACAGCCCAGUCCGGGACACAGUUGUGACCAAUGACCGCUGGGGAGUUGGCAGCAUCUGUACUCAUGGAGGCUUCUACACCUGCAGUGACCGGUAUAACCCUGGCCACCUCCUGCCUCACAAGUGGGAGAACUGUAUGACAAUCGACAAGAAGUCGUGGGGGUACCGCAGGAACGCACAGCUUGACGAUUACCUCACCAUCGAGGACUUGGUGAAGGAACUUGUAGAAACAGUGUCUUGUGGAGGGAACCUGUUGAUGAAUAUCGGGCCCACUCACGAUGGUCGCAUCGCCGUUAUAUUUGAGGAGCGCCUGAGGCAGAUGGGUGCCUGGCUGCAGGUCAACGGAGAAGCCAUCUAUGGAACAAAACCAUGGAGAGCACAGAACGACUCACUCACACCACAAGUGUGGUAUACUUUCAGCCCUAAAGAAGGGAAAGUCAAUGCUAUCUUCCUGAACUGGCCAGUCUCUGGGACUCUGGAACUUGGUGAGCCACAGGCUAAGCUUGGAGAAACACAGGUGCAGCUGGCUGGCUACAAGGAACUGCUGAAAUGGGUUGCACUCGGAGAGAAGGGAAUCCUUGUAGCUCUACCUCCAUUAACUCCUAAGCAACUGCCCUGUCAGUGGGGCUGGACUUUACAGCUGACUGACAUAAACUGAGCCCUACUCUGCUGGAG